AUUACCAAUGUAAACAAAUGGCGGCCUCCUUGGCAACUGCAUCAGUUGAAAGAACGCCGAAAUAGAUCUCAUAGACCCGGCGGAGUAUUAUCGUCUGUUUGUAGGAGUAGGUAUAUUGCACAUCGCUAAUCAUGGCGUUUUUUGGAUUGUCACAACUUGGUUAUCAAAACACGAUCAGAGAAAGUUCUGUGCAAUCAAAACUUGAUCCACAAAGGUCGAAAACACAGCUGGGAUUCAGGGCGCUGCCACCUCUGACGGAGAAAAACCCAGGUCGUCGCUCUAUCGUUCCCAUCAACCAAGUGUCCAGCUAUGCUCCGGGACCCCAGGGGUCGUAUGUUGAAUUCACACGAAUGAGGACAAAGCACAUCAGGAACCCCAAAGGUCCUCAUGAUAUCUACCGCUUCCCAGUGACCACAUCCAUCCAGACAGGCUGGCAUGUUCUUCCCAGACCACUCACUGCCCGGGAGCCUUGGACGUACACACCCCAUCAUGCACACGUCAACAGUGAAAUGACAAGAUUUGUCAACACAAUGGCACUGACAAACAGGGAAUUCACCUUAUUCUGAUGAGGAUGUCAACUGUAUAAUACGCCAUUUGUACUUACAGUCAGCAUGUUACUCCACUGUCAGUCUUCAACUGAUAUGCUUUUUGUUAUCUGUAUAUUUGGAAUGAUUUUUAUAAGUAUAUAGCUUUAUAAAGGAUAUAUUUUGGCUUUGAAAUAGUCUUUUAAUUUAUUGUUGUUUUGUAUUGGAAUUAAUAGAAUGCUUUCCCCAGAUCAUGUUAUUGUUUUAAUUAUGGGAAUUCUCAAUUGAAAUAAUGUUUUAUUUGAAAUGUUAAGAAGAAAUGUGGUGUUACCCUUCCUGUUCAUUUGUAUUUUGAGUAGAAUUGGUAUUAAAUGUUGUUAAGCAUUUUAAAUUGUAAACUUAUACAUUGGUUUUCUGAACAUGUAAAGGAGAGAUCACAGAUUUCUCAAUACAAUGACAUGUACUUGUCUGAAGCAUGCGCAGACUUUUCUAAGUGGAAAACAAAGUCUCUUCAUAGCAUGAAUUGUUAUACUCAGAUUCCAUAUAACUUUUGAUUUGUUAUCAACAGUAUUAUCAUGCAGGCAAAUCUGCUUUUCAAAGAAGCAUUUUUUAAAUGAUUUGAUUUCUGUUUACCUUCUUCAAGUAUAGAUUUCAUAUUUACAUACAUUUACAUUCAUUUGUUUGCACAUAUUUGUGUGCUGUAGAUAGUGAGUUGUACCAUCAUUGUUGCCAGAAUCCCGAGGUAUGUUGACGACACAACACCUACACCCUCUUAUGUUUGUUUGACAUAUAAGGAAUUCUCAUUCUGGAAACCCAGUUACAUUUGUUUUUUCGAGGAGAAGGUUGAAGGUUGUAGAGACAGACCAGUUUCAAAAUAACCAUAUAUGAUCUUGAAACUUUAGCAGAACCUUUCUUAAAUUAACACUCAGAUUUUAAAAAGUCUCAAUUGAUAAAUAAUUGUUAUUUCAUUAUUUUGCAAAAACAUUAUUAAAGAAAAUUUUAUAACAUUGACAUACAAGGUUAAUUUUAUGCAUGCGUUUUAAGCACUAUUUUUCUCUAUUAAAUUUUCACUUUAUCUACCUUUUAAUGUAUAUGUAUGGUGGGUGUCUGAAGAAAUGCUACAAAUGUUUAGAAAGACAUCUUCUUGAAUUCUGGAAACUUUGUCAGCAUAGUAAAGCAGACCUGUUUCUAAGUACUGAGAUUAUUAUGAGUCUUGUAUGAGCACAAAUCUGCAGCAGUUUACCAUCAUAAGCCUAUUUUGAAACGGGGUCGUAGGGUAGCCUAGUGGUUAAAGCGUUUGUUCGUUAUGCCAAAGACAAUGUGUGAAGUCCAUGCCAUGAUGAGGCAUCAUAAAACUAAACUCACUCAGUUUUGAAACCAAGGAGUUUCAAUUGCCUUAGUAGUUAGAUUGUAGCCCCCAUUUUUCAACAUAGGCUUACAAUGCUGUUGUGCUAAGAUGCUUUGUGGAAGGGGUGUUGGAUCCUGCUGAUGAAGCAGAAUGGAAGAUGUUCAGUCAAUGUGGCUUGGUUUUGAGACCCAGAAACCUUCUCCGUGAGCCACACAACUGUGACAAUGGUUUCAAGCUGCUGAAAUAUUUGGUCUUUACAGAAAGAACUGAUUGUAGUAUUUCUCUGUCAACCUCAUCGCUUGCCAGAUUUUUGUGUAUGUUGGGAGAAAGUCACAAUUACUAGUAUUACGAUAUCAGUAUUACUUGCAAUUCGAUGUAUUUUGUCACCUCUUUUUACAGAUUUAUCUGUAUUUUAUGCCGUUUUCCAAUUUAGGAACAUGGAAUUACCUAGUGUCAAAAAUGCGAGUUUCCCUUGCACUUUAUCUUAACUUGUUUCAUUUUACUGUUACACCAGAUUCACUGUGCUGUUCAGAAAUAAUGACAUUCAUAACAAAGUCCUUUGUCGGCCAUACAGACUUUGAAAUGUUAGUUUACAUAGCUAAAUAUAAGCAAUGUAAUUGUGCGCUAGAUUGUCAGUGACUCUCAAGAAGUUCUGUUCAUGACAGGUUUUGUUCUUGGUCACCUUGUCAAAUUAUCAUUGAAUUACAGGCAAACCCUGCUAUGACACAUAGCGGAAAUGUCCAGUAUUGUAAACCACAGGCAUUGUGAAGGCACUGGUCAUACAUGCAAGGAAUGCCUUAACUCUGUUAACAACUUACAACCUGUUCAAUAUUUGUCAGUGACCCAACCAAUGUUUAUAGAAUAUAAGUUGUUUGUAAUUUUAAUGAUUUAGUUUCAUGGAAGUAAGGUAGAUCACAUGACAAACAAUUGUAGAAAAGUUUGUGAUCAUAUUUAAUGUCACUGCUACUGACCCAUACUAAUCUUUGGAAAUGUGAGUCUAGUCUUAACCUCAUUAGUUCCUGAUUCUUUGUUUUAUAGUUCAAGUACAUGUACCACUUUAGUGACUCGUUAAUUUGAGGAUUUAGGGUAUCUGGAUAUCUUUACCUCUCCAUAUAGAGACAUUCAGUCACAACACAGACAGCAGAGCUUCAUGUGUCUGAUGUAUGGGGAUUGUAUGAUGCAAUACGUUUGACAUGAUACACCAUUUCUCUUUGACAAUGUCUCUCACAAAGUUUCCAAUACUUUAAUAAAGUCGUUAAAAUUUAUUCUUGUUUCAACUGAAUUUACAACUGGAAAUAAAUACAAUGUCCCCUAA